AUGUUUCUUUUAGAAUCGCAUGUAGCUUUCCCCAUGCCUAUCUGUCAUCUACUUUCAAAUCAUUGUCAAGUGUUGGUUUCCAGAGCUUUUAAAUUAUCUUUCUUGUGUUGUUUUUUGUAUAUUUUAGAAUGGAAUUUCCUAUCACAACCAUCAGUUGCCCGAAACGAUCUGAUCUCUGUUCAAAUGAACACAAAUCAAACACCAAAUCUACCUAAACUGUCAUCUCACCAGUCAGAUGUAUUUCGAUCUUCAAGUGGUGGGCGUGUUUCUACUUCAAGUUCUAAUACGCCUAUAUCAAAUUCUAUGUCAUCUACUCCUGGUUCAGCAUCAAUAGGAAGUCUACUACCUCGAUCACCUCCUGUACAAAAAACAGAUAAAACUAUACCACCAUCACAGGAUGAAACAGUUACAGCUACAAAAACAAUAACAAUACCUAUUGAAUUAGACAAGCCACAGCAUGAUAUUAUAGGCGAUAAGCUGCCUCCUGUUUCUAGUCAAAAUGUCACCUUUAACCCUUUGACCUCAGACAGCGUAACAUGUUAUUCAUUACCACAUCCUCAUCAUUUAUCUAAACCAUAUAUGAAUGUUGGUAUCCCUUCUGAAAAUCCUAUUGAUAUAUAUUAUCCGAACAAUGAAAGUGAUGAGAUAGGUGAUAUGUAUAGUAAUUAUGGUAAAAAGUCGUAUGAUUAUUUUGCCACAGAUAGUGUUCUUUUAGUCCGAUCGUCUAGACGGCGUAAAAUUCGUCCUGAUUUACAAGGAAAUGAAAAUGACUCUUCAUUGUCUUCAAUUUCUUCGUCUACUACUGCUGGUGUUGGUGUUGGUGCUGGUGCUCCUGUUGCCUCGACCGUCCUAGCAUCUACUUCUCCUGCUACUGUUGUCGUUCAUACAAUCGGCCCUUCAGGAAUGAUAUCUAAAAGUAGUAUGACAACUGAUUGCUGUUCAUCAGUGGCAUGUGUAUAUAGAAAUCUGUUGCAUUCAGGAUUCAGUGAUUUUGCUUAUUCACAAAAAGAUUAUCCUCUAUUUGGAAUCAAAGGCAGAUGUGUUGUGUAG